GGGACUCGCACAGAGCCCUCUCACAGCUUGCCGGGGAAAACUGAGGAAAGCAGCUUGCCUCAGGUCAUUCUGCGAGUCCACGCAGAGCGCGGAGCAGAACCCAGGUCUCCCGUCUCGCAGUCGGGAUUCAAUCCUGCAACGCUCAGCCUUGUCUCGCCCCAGGGCGAUCAUGUCCACCAGACAAUCCUCCUCCUCAGACCGGCGAGACGCUGGACGCGUCUCCAGUGUUACUAUAGCUUUCUGGACCUGGGUCCCGCAGCCCUCGCCGGGCCCUCCGCGCAUGCGCACAGCGCCGCCCGUACAGCCUCCCCCAAGCCUGGAGAGCUACGCCUCCCAGCAGACAAUGGAAGCAUCGCGCUGCAAAAGAAGUACGAAGAGCCGGGAGGGUCAAUCUGCGCCGGAGUCUUGGCUUCUGGCCAAAAAGGCUCUGGCUAAUCAGCGGUCGAAGCUGCCUCCGCCUCCCGGCUGGGCAGGACAACCUAACAGCGGCCUCCGAGGCUGGGCGCAGUCGGCGCAGACCCACUUCUCGAUCCAUUCCUCCGACCGGCGCCAUGUGGCUUUGGCUGGUGCUGCUGGCCGUGCUGCUGCUGGUGGUCCUCCGCAAAGUUUACCUGGGGCUGUUCACAGGCAGUUCCCCGAACCCAUUCUCCGAGGACGUCAAGCGGCCACCCGCGCCCCUGGUGACCGACAAGGAGGCCAGGAAGAAGGUUCUCAGGCAAGCUUUCUCAGCCAGCCGAGUGCCAGAGAAGCUGGAUGUGGUGGUGAUUGGCAGUGGCUUUGGGGGCCUGGCUGCAGCUGCGAUUCUGGCCAAAGCUGGCAAGCGAGUUCUGGUGCUGGAACAACAUACCAAGGCAGGAGGCUGUUGUCAUACCUUUGGACAGAAUGGCCUUGAAUUUGACACAGGAAUCCAUUAUAUUGGGCGCAUGGAGGAGGGCAGCUUUGACCGUUUCAUCUUGGACCAGAUCACUGAGGGGCAGCUGGACUGGGCUCACUUGUCUUCCCCCUUUGACGUCAUGGUACUAGAAGGGCCCAGUGGCCGAAAAGAGUUCCCCAUGUACAGUGGAAAGAAAGCCUACAUUCAGGGCCUCAAGGAGAAGUUUCCCCGGGAAGAGGCUGCCAUUGACAAGUAUAUGAAGCUGGUUAAGGUGGUAUCCAGUGGAGCUGUUCAUGCCGUCUUGUUGAAGAUCCUCCCUUUGCCUGUGGCUCAGCUCCUCAGCAAGUGUGGGCUGCUCACCCGUUUCUCUCCGUUCCUUCGUGCGUCCACCCAGAGCCUGGCUGAGGUCCUGCGGCAGCUGCCCGCCUCCCAGGAGCUCCAGGCAGUGCUCAGCUACAUCUUCCCCACUUACGGCGUAACCCCCAGCCACACCGCCUUUUCCAUGCAUGCUCUGCUGGUUGACCACUACAUAAAAGGGGCCUUUUAUCCCCGAGGGGGUUCCAGUGAAAUCGCCUUCCACACCAUCCCUGUGAUUCAGCGGGCCGGGGGCGCUGUCCUGACGAGGGCCCCUGUGCAGAGUGUGUUGCUGGACUCAGCUGGGAAAGCCUGUGGUGUCAGUGUGAAGAAGGGUCAGGAGCUGGUGAACAUCUAUUGUCCCAUCGUGAUCUCCGACGCAGGACUGUUCAAUACCUAUGAGUACUUAUUGCCAGAGAAGGCCCGCUGUCUGCCAGGUGUGAAGCAGCAGCUGGGGAUGGUGCGGCCCGGCAUGAGCAUACUGUCUGUGUUCAUCUGCCUACGAGGCACCAAGAAGGACUUGGGUCUGCAGUCCACCAACUACUUUGUUUAUUUUGACACAGACAUGGAUAAGGCGAUGGAGCACUUCCUCUCUAUGCCCAGGGAAAAGGCUGCAGCACACCUGCCCUUUCUCUUCAUUGCCUCCUCAUCAGCCAAGGACCCAACUUGGGAGGACUGAUUCCCAGACCGGUCUACAUUGAUCAUGCUAGUGCCCACUUCCUAUGAGUGGUUUGAGGAAUGGCGGGAGGAGCCCAAAGGAAAGCGGAGCAGCGACUAUGAGACCCUCAAAAACUCCUUUGUUGAAGCCUCCCUGUCAGUUGUCAUGAAGCUGUUCCCACAGCUGGAGGGAAAGGUGGAGAGUGUGAGUGGAGGAUCCCCACUGACCAGUCAGUUCUAUCUGGCUGCUCCCCGGGGUGCCUGCUAUGGGGCAGACCACGACCUGGCCCGCCUGCAACCUCAUGUGAUGGCCUCCAUGAGGGCCCAAAGCCCCAUCCCCAACCUCUACCUGACAGGCCAGGAUAUCUUCACCUGUGGGUUGAUGGGGGCCCUGCAAGGGGCCUUGCUGUGCAGUAGCGCCAUCCUGAAGCGGAACCUGUACUUAGACCUUAAGAAGCUUGGCUCAAGGAUCCAGGCACAGAAGAAGAAGAAUUAGUUUGGUCAGAGAUGAGUCAGAGGAAUUUUGCCAGUGCUGUGGCACAGCCCCUGACUUACCCGUAAUGUCUUUCUGCAUUAUUUCCUUGCUCACGUAAAGGCACUCUAAUUUGUUUUUGAUUUGUGAAUACAGGUCUGACACACAAGUCUAGCAUAGAUCACAGUUCUUAAACUGAAGCUCUUCCAGCAGGGGCAGGCGAUGACAUUUCAUACUCUUUAUAAUAUGGUGGCCCUACUAAAAGGCCCAGUGUGGGCUGUGCUUUAGAUAGCCUUAAUGUCUCAUCAGGCAGAGUGCUCUGCACCCCACACCCAUACCUCCUAACUCUGAACAAUCCAAGUGAACGUUCUUUUGAUCAGGUGGCUAGAACCCUUGAAAGUGUCGGUCAGCUGCAGUAGGUUGGUCCAUUUGUCCCAAGGCUUCUCCUCUCAUUCACUCUUUUUUUUUCCUGAGGAAGAUUGGCUCUGAGCUAACGUCUGUGCCCAUCUUCCUCUAUUUUGUGUGUGGGACGCCGCCACAGCAUGGCUUGAUGAGCGGUGCACAGGUCUGUGCCCGGGAUCUGAACCCGUGAACCCAGGGCCACUGAAGUGGAGCGUAUGAACUUAACCACUACACCACCUGGCGGGCCCCUCCUCUCAUUCACUCUUAAUGCUGCACUGCAGGAGUUCUACACCAUUGAGGAAAAAGAGUGCCUAAUGAGGUUUUAGUCAACACCUGGGCAUGGUUUUGGUUAUAGUUCCAUAGUGUUCAGAGGCCUCCAGAUCCUAUUUUUGCUGGUUUCAAUGGCUCUUUCAGAGUGGGGAAAUGCCUGUGAUAGGCUCAGUGUGGUUGUGGGGGCUGGGGGUAAUGACAACAUAUUAGUUAUUGAGCUGUAUGUUAGAAGAUAAUAUCCAAUUUGUGUGCAGCCAGGCCCUAGGUUCAUCUUCCUUAUGAUUGGGAUGACAUUGGGUUCUCAAUGUGCCAGCACCAAGAUACCCUCACAGAGCUCAGCACCUGAGCCUCAAGGCUUAUCUUCCAAAAAUACACAGCUAAGGGUGACGUUAGUAGUUAGGGCACAGGACAGGAAAGAUGACUUCACUGGGGUUGAAGCAGGCUGAAAGAGCAUUCCAGGUCAAGGGUACAGCAGAAGACAAGCACUGAAAGGUAACUGAGUGUAUCAUGACAAAGGGCCCAGCUACCUCCUAAACCUAGAACAUGGCUGCCUGAUGGGGAGGAGGAGUGGGGUUGGAAAUCAGUCGGGAUCGGAACAUAGAAAGAACAUGUGCAAAGUUCAGGAAUGCUGUUUCCAGUUUAUUGGUACAUAUAUAGGGACUAGAUGGGAAGGUGAAUGAAGGCUAAAGGCUAAAAACAAAAAAAUGACCUUUCACUUAUGUUAGGCCUUAUUUCAGUCAAUUUUAAUGCAAUAUUAAUAAAUUUAAUGAUUUUAUAGCUUUAAUAUUUGAAUUUAUUUUGGUUUCUGUGCAAUGAUACAAAACUACAUUGAGAUGGCAUUCAUAGAAGCUCAGUAAAAUGUUAUGUACUGAAAAAUACUUAUAAUCAGACCAAAUAAGCUUUAAAAAAUAAAAUUAAGUAAUUAAAUUACAAAAAGCUGAAAAUAGAAAACAUUGCCAAUCUAACUGGGUAAACGAAAAAGGAAGGGAAACAGUUUCAACAAUCAACCAUUUAUUUAACACAACAGACUUCUGAAUUAAGGGAAUAUCUGUCAAAGAGUGUGAGGGGCUGGCUCUGUUGGCAGCUUGGAAGACCACACAGCUCAGACCCAACACGUUUACAGAGGAGUUUCUAGACUGGGAUAUUUAGGAAAUUCACAUGUGACUUGUGGAAGCAGGUGAGGUGAGAGUCAGUCUUGGCUCUGGGUGUACAGUUAAAUUAAACCUGAAAAUCUCUUCCCAGGAUUCUUACUUAAGCAAGGCAAGGCUAAAUGCAACCUUCCCAGCAAGAGUGUUCAGAAAACAGCUGGCAGAACUACAGGGUCUGGUGUACAGCAUACGCCUCUCUGUUCAAAUGAUUCAGAACAUGUGCAAAGCCUGCUAGCUUUCAUCACACGUGCAGCAGUAUGUAUCAAGUUACCCUGUAAAAACAAGGGGCAGGCUUCUUUUUUUGAUUUAAAUGGCAUGAAAUGGAGAAGAAAAUGAAAAUCACUAUCGGGAAUUUUAGAGGUUUAGAAUUCUAUCACCAAAUAUUUCAUUAAAAACCAUCAUGGGAAAACAAAUGUCCGAGUAUACAUAUAUCUAGUUGUCAGGCCUUUCUGAGUUGUCUUAGCCUUUCUAGAUAGACUGGCCUUCCACUUCCCCAGACUUGAAAUAAUUCUACUCAGUAACCUGUAAGAGAACAAGCUCCUCUAUUACCAUCGAUGUCUGAAGCACAGAUUCCUCCUAAUAGAAAUGACCUUUCAACCAAAAGCUGGGGCAGGAAAGGAAGCACACAGCUGUCUAGGUAGGGGUGUGCUCAUGGCUCCCUGUGCUUCUUUCCUCCCCCCACACCCAGCUUGAGGGAUGCCUCAGCCAGCUCACCCUCAUCCACACAAUCUCUAGGAAAACAUGCUUCAAAUAGUCUAUCUUCAAAAAGACAACUACCCAGAAAACAAGUUUUCCUUUGGUGUGAGAGAUUUCCUUCAGUGCCAUUUCUAAAGUGAAACUUCAAUUCUAUUUACUCUUUCACCACAGGAAACGAUACUUCUCAGAGGCUCAAAAAGUGGAGCUAUGUGGUCUCCACAAUACUUAACAAGUGCACUUGGUGCCAACCCUCCUGGUUCCCGAAACCAACCUUUCUGCUCUCUUUACGACCAAAAUCCAUCAAUAAGGGAUAACAAACACUAGCCAGAAGGAGCUGUGUGAGACCUCGGUUAAGUCACAUCCAGAUGUCCUGAACAAAGAAAACGUCUCCUUUGCAAGAAGAAAUUAACUCCUGAGGAACGUCACUAUGCUAGGCAGAUACGGAAACAGUGCCACUGGCGCUCCUGCAAGUAGCUUAGGUUUCUUGAGGAGACCGGAGACAUCAGAUACUGACUGCCCGGUUUUGCUGAAGUUCCCAAAUUUGUGAUUGGCAUUAUUAAGAGCUAUUAGAGUAGAAUGGAAAGAGCCAAUCAUGUGGGGUGGGAAAGUCAGGGGGGUACAUGGGGAAACUUGAGCUGGGCCCUGAAGAAACACAUUUUGGGGAGGCAAGGGAAAGAAAAGAAAGGAGAGCACCCUAACCAAAGAACAACCAUAGCAAGCCAGGGAAUGGAGGACAUACCAGGAAGAGAGAGGCACAGAGGCCUAGAUGGGCACCUGACGAGAAGCCUCUGGCCUUGCUAGGAUGCAGAGAAAGACAGGCAGGAAAGUGCCAAUCUGCAGAGUCCUGAAUACUAAAGAGCCUAGAAACUUGACUCUCUAAGCCAUGAGAGGUACAGACAGAAGUUUCAAAUCAGGGCACAUAUUUUGGAAAGACCAAUCUGGUCUCUUUAUGCACACAAGAGACAGGAGAACCAAUUAAGGUGGCUCCUGGGAAAAAAAAAAAUCCAGGAGAGAGGUGAAAUGGGUGGGUGAGGGGGACAGGGAAGCAAGGAAAAUGGAAAGAUUGUAGCUGGAGAUAUUUUAAAAAAAGAUGGAUAGGACAUUUGUGACAAGAGAAAAAUGGUGAAAGUUUGCAGUUUGGAGUUGAGAUGAUUAAAGAAACUAGGCAGUUGAGAGGGGCAGCUUAAUGGGUAGAAAAAAGAAAUUCAGUUUUAGUGACAAUACGACAACCCAGCUGAACUAUUUAGCACACAGCAGGACUGGGUUCUUUGGGAACUAGGCCAAAUUCCCAAAAGGAUGAAGAAUGGAUGAACGUCUGAGGAGAUAAAGGAAUAGAGAGACCUGCCUUUGAGGGCCCUCUCCCCCACCAGCAGAAGAUAAGGCAAAGGAGUUCUUAGAAGCCAGGGCACUUUGUCAGAGAAACCAAAAGAGAGGAAUUUCAAUUUGGAUGGUCAAUAGUGUCCAAUUCUAUCAUGGACAAGACCGAGCCAAUGGAUUUAGUGAUCUGAACCUUUGGAAAAACAUUAUUCGUAGAAAGACAGGGACCAAAGUGAGUUUGUAAAGGUUAUAAAGAAAAUGAAUGGCAAGGUAAUGGAAGCAACACUUACUGGAGAUGUUGAACAGUAGAAUGAAUACGAAAUAGGUUAGAUGGGAGCAGGGGAAAUCUGGGCAUGCAGGAAGGUAGAAGGAAAGGUGCUAGUGUAGGCAGGCACAAAUAGAAAACAUUAGAGAGGAGGAGGAAAGAUAGGGAAAGGGGAGACAGAAAAGGGAAUAAAAUAACCAUGGUCUUAGGGAAUGCUAUGAGAGCCUGACAGAAGAUUCCUCAGGUUGGAAGAAAGUAUUACAAGACUGGUGCACAGGUAGAAAGAAUGAUGCCAAGAAGAGUAUUCAUUCAUUCCUUAUCUCCACAAAUAGUUUACCUGCAAAGAAUGAAUAUCUCAAUUCAAAGCCAUGGGCUGUUUUAAGCAAGGUGGAAGAUAAUAUGACAAACAGGACAGUCCCUUCUUCAGACUUACUUCUUCAAUAGCACAGAAUUCAUCAUAUUCCCCUCACUUCCCACAUUCUUGUAUUUCCCUGAGAUCAGCUAUUUUAUUUCAGUUUUUCUGUUGCAGGAACAACUCUCUUUAGGCCCUCUAUAUUAGGGUAGCAUGACUAGAAGAGAUUUAUAUAAAAUUUAAAACAACAGCAUGAUCCAAGACACUACCCUCAGUUGCCCCAGGGCAACUCUGAAUUUCUUGAAUUUUUAUAACCCCUGACAUGGGAU